ACGUUCUCUUUUCAAUGUUUUCUAGGGUUUAUAGUUUGGGGUAUCCGAAUUCGGUUUUAAAUUUGUCAGAAUGUGAAGUAUGCGAAGAUUUUAGGAAAGAUUUUCUACGUUUUCUAGGGCUUAGCUUUUGUGUAUGUAAAUUCGGUGUUCAAUUUGUCGGAAUUGUAAAGUAUGCAAAAAAUUUAGGAACCUUCUCAACAUUUUCUUGGUUGAAUUGUGAAGUAUGCAAAAAAUUUAGGAAACCUGUUCAACAUUUUUUUUGGUUUUACCUAGUCAAACCGAGAUGAUCCUAAUAUUUUAAAAUCAAUAUUUGUUGCUAAAUUUGUGAGAGUCCAACAAUCCAGGCAAUUUUGUCAGAGUUAGGAAAAGUGUCUGUUCAACAUGGCAAGCAAACUAAAUGUUUGCGGAUGGAACCAGCCAGAUAACAAAGAUAAUGGAGACGGAAGAUCUUUGAGGAACGGUUCAUCCGAAGAAAACUAAAAGAGUAGAAAAAAUUGCAUGGAAACAUGAUUAAAUGAUUCUGCUGUGGUGGAAUAUUGUAUUGUUAUUCCAAUCUCUUAUAUUAGAGCUUGGUAAACCCCAUAUCCACAUUUCUUAAUCUUUUUACAAAAACUAUGGCUGCAAACUUUGAUGGCAGUUCAAUGAAGGAAUUCAUCCUGGGUGAGAGAAAAAAUAAUUGGGAUCGUCGUGUGAAGCGGAAGGUUGAAGACGCAUAUUAUGAAGUCAAAAGAGCUUCAGAUAAUUCAGAGGUGGAAGUGGAGCUGUUGAGUGAGUUGGGUUCAAUGAAAGAGGCACUUGACAGGCAGCAAAUAACAAUUGACGAACUCAGUAGUGAGCUGGAUGAAGAGAGAAAUGCUGCAGCAUCUGCAGCAGAGGAAGCAAUGACUUUUAUUUCACGUCUUCAGAAGGAAAAAGCUCAGAUGCAUAUGGAAGCCUCUCAAUUCAGACGGUAUGCUGAAGGAAAAUUUGCCCAUGAUCAACAGGAAUUAUUUUCUCUCGAAAAUCUGUUGUAUAGAAAGGAACAGAUGAUUAAAGCUCUUGAACUAGAGGUUCAAUCUUUCAAGCACAGGAUAUUGAGUAUUGGUGGUUAUGAAUAUGAGAAUGUGAAUAGGUCACCUGAGAGAUCGCGCUUGGAUGAAGUAGAUGAUUAUUACUAUUUGACUGAAUCUUCUGGCGGUGGGAAGAAUUUUUCAGUAGAACAAGAUGGUUUUGAUUUUAAUGAUAGAAAGACGAGAGAUUCUGUCUACAGGCAAGCUAAGGAAACAAAUAGUAGAAGGAUAUGUCUAGGUAAGUUAACUGAUACUCAGAAUUCUUUGCAGCCACAGUUGGAGUGGGAAGAUACAUACUCGCCAAGAAUUAUGCAGGUGCAAGAGAUUGGCUCUUGUUCAUCUCAUCCAUCGCAGCUGGAUGACUAUAACUCUUCAAGCCAACAUGCUUUGAAUUGUAGACAUGGUUUGCAAAAAUCUGAUGUUCAUGAUUCUAAAAAUGUUGAAAUCUGGGAAUAUGUGGAGAGGUUAGAAGAGAGGCUACAGCAGCUAGAGAGAGAAACACACAGUGAGCACCCAAAUAGUGAAUGGAGUGAAAUGAGGAAGUUGCGACCAAAACAUUUGUCAGCCUAUUCAGAUAAACUUAUUCGGAGGCCUUCUGCAGACAGUUUGAACUCAUCUGAUAAAUCGGUUGGAGCAACUGAAGACAGUUCAAAAGGGGAAGAUGGAUUAGUAAUUGUCAGAGCCAAUGGUUCGUGUUCUGGGAAAAAGAGUAUCCAUUCUCAAGUCAUGGAUGAUACAGAUGAAAAAAUGUCUAGUAUGAGUAAUAUCUCAAAAAAUCCUAACGACAGUUCAAAGUGUACUGGAUGCAAGCCAAUGAAGGAGAAUGUUGGCUACAUUGGAGAAUGCGAUUCUUUGCCGCAGAAACAUGAAGCAUGCACUGCAACAAAAAAGGGGUCAAAGAUUCCAUAUGAAACCCAUUUGCCCAGUUCUAGGGGAAAUCCUGCUCUUACACAAGCUGUGGAUGAUGUUCCUGAUGUCAAAAGUGAUGAUGCAAGAUCUGGAGGAUGCGAGGCUCUGAAAGGAAAUCGGGACUGUUAUGGAGAUCCAGGAUCUGAUUCUUCACCUCAGAGACAUAUUGGACAACCAGAAAGGUCACCUGACCCUAAUGAGAGAAGUGAAGGAAGGAGGAUGACUGCGUUCUCAGUGGAAUUGAGAACUGAGCCUGAUCAGGGUCCUGUGCAAAGUGAAAUCAAACAACUUAUUUUCAGGAUUCGGGCCCUUGAAGAUGAGAGGCAGAGCAUGAAACAGGCAAUAAUGUAUUUUGAAAAAGAGAAUUCAUCAUGUUUAGCACUGCUCAAGGAAAUAGCUCGGCAACAUUAUGAAGUGCAAAUAUUAGAUGAAAGAAAAAAUCAUUCAACAAGACUGUCCCCAUCUGAGGGCCCGUCAAUCCUUUCUAUAAUAAAGUGGAUUUUGUCAUACAUUUUCAGGAGAGCUGUACGGAGAUGCCAAAGCAAGUACAUUCGUGGUGUGUCAUCAAAUGGUGUGGGCCUGCUAUUUCUUCUAGAUAACACAUCUUAUCAGAGAAUUGGACCUUUUGUUACAAGAAUGGGAUCAUAUAGGAUUUCUAUUCACUAAUGCAUCCGGAAAUUCCUGGUGGGCUGAAAUAUGGGUAACUGAAGCUGGAUGAAGCUUGUGUCAAUUGAGUUUGAUGGAUGUAGUGGUUUAUUUGGCCUGUAUAUUCAUGUUGAGUUGAUUGUUGUGAUGGAAAUUCAUUAAGGAGCAGUGGUUGGAACUCCUUUGUGUAGAUUAUAGUGAGCUGCUGCACAUUUAUUCCAAACGGACCUUCAAUUUGUGUAAGUACAUAGAGGUUUGUACAAAAUUUAUGCCUUUGUAUUGGCCCCUCUGCAAGACAUCCAGUUAUCUUGAAUUUGGAUGUCAAUUUUGUCUAUUGAAUGAAAUUCAGUUGUAUUAAGUUUCUGCAAAAAUGACCAGAAAAGGAUUUUAUUGUAUAUGGCAUCACUACAGAUGUUUGUUGUACCCAAUAUUCUGACAAAUUGUGUUCUUCUGGAGUAAUGGGAGUACCCAAUAUUCUGACGAAUUGUGUUCUUCUGGAGUAAUGGGAGUCUUGGAUCUAACAUUUGCCAAUAACAUUUUGGUAGCCUAGUGAACAGGGCAUUUUUUUAUGUUGCUGACUUAAGUAAAAUAAAAUAAUUAAGUUAUUAAGU